AAUGAGCGGACUGAUACCUCCCCUGCUGGGACAUUUCCUUACAGGAACUCAUGGAGCCAGAAGCUGGGACCAACAGAACUGCUGUUGUUGAGUUCGCUCUACUGGGCCUAGUGGAAACAGAAGAGAUGCAGUCUGUGGUCUUUGUGCUCUUCCUCUUCGCCUACCUGGUUACAGUCGGGGGCAACCUCAGCAUCCUGGCCGCCAUCUUGGUGGAGCCCAAACUCCACACCCCCAUGUACUUCUUCCUGGGGAACCUAUCAGUGCUGGAUGUUGGAUGUAUCACUGUCACUGUUCCUGCAAUGUUAAGUCAUCUCUUGUCCCACAAGCAUACAAUUUCAUACGGAGCCUGCCUUACACAACUAUUCUUCUUCCACCUUCUGGCUGGGAUGGACUGCUUCCUGUUGACCGCCAUGGCCUAUGACCGAUUCCUGGCCAUCUGCCGGCCCCUCACCUAUAGCACCCGCAUGAGCCAGACGGUCCAGAGGAUGUUGGUGACUGCAUCCUGGACUUGUGCCUUCACCAAUGCACUGACCCACACUAUUGCCUUAACUACUCUCAACUUCUGUGGCCCUAAAGAGGUCAAUCACUUCUACUGUGACCUCCCACAGCUCUUCCAGCUCUCCUGCUCCAGCACCCAACUCAAUGAGCUGCUGCUCUUUGCUCUGGGUUUUUUGAUGGUAGGUGCACCUGUGAUUCUCAUCCUCGUCUCCUACAUCCACGUGGCAGCUGCGGUUCUACAAAUCCGCUCAGCAGAGGGCAGGAAGAAGGCCUUCUCCACAUGUGGCUCUCACCUCACUGUGGUGUUCCUCUUCUAUGGGACAGGUAUUUUCAACUACAUGCGUCUGGGUUCAGAGGAAGCUUCGGACAAGGAUAAAGGGGUUGGCGUUUUCAACACUGUUAUCAACCCCAUGCUGAAUCCACUUAUCUACAGCCUCAGAAAUACUGAUGUUCAGGGUGCUCUGUGGCGGAUACUUGUGGGGAGGCGGUCAUGACCUGAGAGGUGACAAGGUCUCUCCUUUCCUGCCUCUUCAGGACUGAGGGAAAUUUCCCAGGAAGGCAGUAACCAGUA